UUGAGUUGAUGAUUGACAACCUACACAAUCAGUCCAUCCUGGGAGCUGUUGCAUGUUAACGUUUAAACACUAUGAUUACCGCUGGUAAUAUUGAUCUGGCUCAAUUUGUAUGAUUUGUACAAAGAUUUGCAUUAGAGUCUCUGACCUAAUACGAAAUGUUGAGAAUUUUUUCAGUUUUUUUCAUGUAAAUCGGUACAAAAUUCAAACAAAAUAAUAAAAAUGCCAUAUGGAGAGCAGUAUCAAUGUGCAGCUUGUAAGAUUUAUAAAUCUCUUAUGUGGAGAAAGGGAAGCAAUGGAGAAACUCUCUGCAAUGGCUGUCAUUUGAAACGUGUAAACGCAUUUUUGCGAACUCAACGUUCAUCAAUAUCAAAGAUAGACAGUCGUAGGAUUUCUACUAAAGGAAGAUAUGGAAAGGGGAAAAUUCUCGGUGGCAAAACUAGCGAUAGGUCUGGCAAGAACUGCGCAAAUCGUGGAAGAAGAUCCAUUGUCAAGCAAAAGCCACAAAAAUCUCCUAAUAUUGAAGCAACCUUCGUAACAUCUGACAGUGUAUUUCAUAAGGGAAUUCUUUAUCAAAGUGGAGAUGUAGUUUCAUUACAAGAUAUUGAUGGGUCAUUAUACUAUGCACAAACAAGAGGUUUUCUUCAAGACCAAUAUGCUUGUAAAAGUUGUGUACUUACGUGGUUGAUACCGACUAUUCCUAAUCCAUCUAAUUUUGAUCCAAUGUACUUCAUUCAAGGACCUCAUGAAGACACUCCACGUUCCAUGGAUUGUAUUGAAUUUGUUUGUCGAGCACCUUCUGAAUUGUUUAAAAAAUUUGAUUGUCACCCACCAUUUGUAUUGCCAAGAAAACCAAACUUUGACGACCUUGUUCAAGCAGCCAAUCAUAUGCUUGAUGAAUGACUGAUUGCUAUUAACAAAUAUGAAUUAUAUCUAUUUGUAAACAUGGACAUAUAGGCAUCACUUUGGUGCUGAAAUGAACUUAUGUUUAUAGUAUCCUUGACAUUGUUAUUUUCACAUUUGCUGUUAGGUAAAUUUAUUUAAUGAUGUGAAGUGCAUAGAAAAGAAAAUUGGGAAAUAAAAUGGAAAGCCAAAAAUACAA